AUGGGCCCCAAGGGGCCCCUAAGGGGCCUCCGGCAUUGGGGGGGUAUUUGGGGGGCAGUACUCGCCACUCCAGUGCAUUGUGGGUACGCAGGGGCCCUCUCGAGUUGCUGCCGGAGAUGGGAAGCUGGCAGAAAGAUUGGAGGCAACUUGUUCAGUUCGACGCACCUCUACGCGUUUCCUGAGAAGGUAAACCUGUGCGUGGAGGCGCCUGAUCAGUUCCUGCUUUUUGCAGUUUCGCUAAACUCAAAAAAUACUUCAAAAGGAAAGCAAUGGGACAUUACAUCUUUGUACGCAGAGAGCUGCCUGAGGAUGUACAGCUCGGUCGGACCUGCACCUGAUUCAAAGGAAUAUUCCAUUGAAUUGAUGCAGGGAAUGAGCACAGAAAGACUGCUGCCGGUUUAG